AUGUACGUGGAGAAAACGUUCGGCUCUUUGGAGUUUACAGUAAAAUUAACUCAUGUCGAAACGACUGAAGAUCUUAAGUUGGCAGAAGCAAUUUUACAAAAAUUUGAUCAUACUCCGGAAGCUCUUGAACUUCAACCUUCAUUAGCUUAUUCACUUGUUCGCAAUUAUUUUGAUUUUGCUCAAAAACAACGUGUUCAAUAUGGAAUUUUUCUUCAUCGACUUUCAGCCAAUCUUUUGUUAAAUCUAUUUUUACUUGAAAAAAAUACAAAGGUUAAAGUAAAAGUUCAUUUUGUUCAUAAUCAAAUAAAUCAUGAUCAUUUUGAUUUGAUCAAUAAGCGUACAUUACUCGGUAAAACAAUCGUUUAUUUAAGUUCGAAUGCAAAUAAUAGUGGUAUGAUUUCAUUGCAAGAAAUAUUCUUUAUAAAAAAAAAACUCGGUCGUAUAUGUGCUGCACUUCAAACAAUAUUAGAUAAUGAUCAAUUACAAUUUUAUAAAACAAUAACAAAAAUUUUGGAAAAAGAACUUGAUGAAUAUGUUUAUAAUAUUAUUGAAGCAAAAGAACGUUUACCUCCAAGUUCUUAUCAACAUUUAGAAUUGAUUUCUAAAGCUGUAUGUGAUAUUAUUAAAAAUCUUCUUGAAAUAGCUGCAUUUGCUGAUAAACAUGAUACAAAAAAAACAGGAACAACAAAUAUCUAUUUGGACAUUUUAUUAGAAGAUGAUGAAUUAUUAAAUGUUUUUGAAAACGAAUCACGAAUUGUUAUACAUUCACAAGAUAAAGAAUUUGCUGAUGAAACUUUUGAAAAUGCUCGUGCACCUGGUGAACAUGAUUAUUUUGAAUUAACUCGUCAACAUUAUCAUUGGAAUCGAAUGAAGACACAUCGAUCAUUACAUCUUGAUAAGAAAUUGCAUGAUGAAGAAAUGAGUGAUGUACGCAAUUGGCCACCAUAUAAAUAUCUUGCUGAAAAUUGGAAUAUUUAA